CAGGCUCGGUGUCUGACGAGCCGCAGUACCGGCGGGACGGGACCGAACCCCCCUGCCAGCGCUGUGGCUGCGCUGAGGGACAUUUAAGGAGGCUUGGUUUCUUUUCUCUGUUUCUCAAAAGCUAAUAAGCAAGAUGUCUACUAAUGAGAAUGCCAAUGCAGCUCGUUUGAACAGAUUCAAGAACAAAGGAAAGGAUACUACAGAAAUGAGAAGGAGACGUAUUGAAGUGAAUGUGGAGCUGAGGAAAGCCAAGAAAGAUGAGCAGAUGCUGAAAAGAAGAAAUGUCAGCACUUUACCAGAUGAUGCUACUUCACCCCUUCAGGAAAACAGGAGCAAUCAGGUUUCAGCACACUGGUCAGUUGAAGAAAUAGUCAAAGGAGUUCAUAGUAAUAAUAUGGAGCUGCAGCUACAGGCUACUCAAGCUGCCAGGAAACUCCUCUCAAGAGAGAAGCAGCCUCCCAUAGACAACAUAAUCCGGGCUGGUUUGAUUCCCAAAUUUGUCUCCUUCUUGGGCAGAGCUGACUGCAGUCCUAUUCAGUUUGAAUCUGCAUGGGCCCUCACCAACAUUGCUUCUGGCACAUCAGAACAAACCAAGGCAGUAGUGGAUGGAGGGGCUAUUCCAGCCUUUAUUUCACUGCUGGCCUCUCCCCAUACUCACAUCAGUGAACAGGCUGUGUGGGCAUUGGGAAAUAUUGCAGGGGAUGGUUCUGCCUAUAGAGAUCUGGUUAUUAAAUUUGGUGCCAUUGAGCCACUGCUGAGUCUAUUAGCUGUUCCUGAUCUCUCUUCUCUGGCUUCUGGAUAUUUACGCAAUGUCACCUGGACCCUCUCAAACCUCUGUCGUAACAAGAACCCUGCACCACCCCUGGAAGCUAUUGAGCAGAUUCUCCCAACUCUGGUUCGGCUCCUGCACCAUGAUGAUGCUGAGGUGUUAGCAGACACGUGCUGGGCACUUUCCUACCUAACAGAUGGUUCUAACGACAGGAUAGAAGUUGUAGUAAAAACUGGAUUGGUGCCACAGCUUGUGAAACUCCUGGGAUGCAGUGAACUGCCAAUAAUGACUCCCUCAUUAAGAGCCAUAGGAAAUAUUGUCACUGGGACUGAUGAGCAGACACAGAUUGUUAUUGACUCAGGAGCACUGUCUGUCUUUCCAAGUCUCCUUUCUCACCAUAAAAGCAACAUUCAGAAAGAAGCAGCAUGGACAAUGUCCAACAUCACUGCUGGACGUCAGGAUCAGAUUCAGCAAGUUGUAGACCAUGGUCUUGUGCCUUAUCUCAUUGGUAUUCUGAGGAAGGGGGAUUUCAAAUCUCAAAAGGAAGCUGUAUGGGCUGUGACUAACUACACCAGUGGAGGAACAAUUGACCAGAUUGUUUACCUGGUUCAGGCUGGGGUGGUUGAACCUCUGCUGCACCUUCUCUCUGCUAAAGACAGCAAAACUGUGCUGGUUAUUCUGGAUGCUAUUUCCAAUAUCUUCUUGGCUGCUGAGAAGAUUAAUGAGACUGAAAAACUUUGCCUCAUGAUUGAGGAGUGUGGUGGCCUAGACAAAAUUGAAGCUCUUCAGUCACAUGAAAAUGAAGAUGUGUACAAAGCUUCAUCCACCCUGAUUGAGAAAUACUUCUCAGCAGAAGAGGAAGAAGACCAAAAUGUUGUACCAGAAUCUACUGCUGAAAGCUACACCUUCCAGAUUCAGGGCAGUGCUCCAGACACUUUCAAUUUCUAGAUCUUCCAUAUGCUGCAGCCACCUGGUCACUUGCCACGUGAAUGACUGCCACCUUUUUGUCUUACUAGUUCCUCUUUUUAUUUUUUUAACUGUUUUUAUGUGAUCUGUAGCACUUUGUCCAACUGAAACAUACUUGAACAGUUCAAACCUGUACAUAUUAUGUGAAUUUCUAACUGUAAACUUUCUGAGAGAUACUUAUUGUAAAUACUACUUCUUUCUGUCUCUUACUGUACCUGUCAGGGAUAAGAAUGCAAGUGGGCAAUACAGGCUUCUUACAAACCAAGCCACUAUUCUGCAAACCUCUUAAACCUGUUAUGUUUUACAUAACCUCUUGCUGUGAUCAAUAC